AUGCGUAAAGCGCCUCGUCCCCAACAGCCUGAUGAUUCAGAAGCAUCAAGCACCAAGGAGAAAGGAAAUUCAAAUUCUACACCCGCUACGAAUGGGAAAGGAAAGAGAGUUGCAAGCAGUGCAGUUAAUGCAAAUGCAUCGGGCGCAAAUAGCACACUCACUGCGCCUAGCGCUGUAGCAGGAGCUGCGGGAAAUACCAAUACUGAUGGCAAUGUUGGAAUACAAUGGUCAGAAUUUGACCCAUCUGUAUUGCACAGUUACCGAUAUGAGCACGGGAUGAAUACGUCUCCAGCCUUCAAUAGUUCAUACAAUCAAAUUGUUCUCUCCCAAUCGAGUAUCGGCCGUAUGUCACCAACUAUGGUUCGCAAGAAGGAGCAUAAGAGGCAGAGCAAAGAGCAAUUGGCCAAUACUGUGCGCAAGCAUUUCAACAGCCAAUCUGUCAACGAAAACGACGUUAUCGUAAAAUUCUUAUACAAAGUUCGAUAUCAGGAUAAGAAAUUUCGCAUGAGAUUUAUGCCACAGCUGCGACAUAUGGAGAGAUCUCAAGUGGAACGAUCCGCAUAG